AUGGCUUGGACGAGCGGGGAUAGUUGGUCGAACACCAACUAUUAUAAUGCUCUAAGGUGGCAACUUUGAUCCCCCGGAUAUACAUUUUAUUUUAUCAGUGCGUCCUAUUCCUAUGGUUAUGGAGGAGCUCGUACCGACCUUCCUGGCAAUGGGAAUAACCCACAAUAUUCCAACUCUAACGGUUUCAAUCAAUCAUCUCCACAAUAUUCUUACAUGGCCUAUAAUCAAAGGAAUUCCGUUAACAGCGAGGUACAUCUAUUUUAACCGCUGUGCUGUAAAAUGCGAUCUUAAUUUUGUUAGUUUCAGCCGCUCGGUUAUAACCCCGAAUAUCCAACUUAUGACUCGAGAAGUCUUUCCUUGAAUCAGAGCGCUUUCUCAACACAGCAGGUUUUUCAUUUGCCUCGUUGUAUAUUCAUAAGGAACUUUACGUAUCGUUAUUUUCCGUGUUACGGUAAUACGGGUAAUCUUUUUACUUUUUGGUUUUCAGACAAAGCGCUCGUACAGCGGGUAUCUUCGUACACUACCAUCUGCUGAGGUUAUUUUUGUGGAAAUCAAUUAUCCGAAUUCUCUUUUUUUUCAGACUUUCGAUCAACCAAGAAAGCUUCCAACAUCAAUAAUCACUUUGGAUAAAACUUCUUUGAAGAAUAACAUACCGGUUUCUCAAAAAGCGAAUCAUCCGCCAAACCAAAAAGACCUGCCUAGCAAUAAGAAAGGACGUAGAUCAAACGAAAUAAAAGUUUUUUUUUCACAUUGUCCCAGCGAAAAUAAGAAAUUUUAAGGGCGGCUCUAAGCCUCCACAAGAAAUAUUCAAAGUGGCUCGAAUCAAGAAAAGCAACAACUCGCCGCGCUGUAAGUGACAGAAAAAAAUAUUUAAAUUAGAAAAAACAGCUAAUUUAUGGAAGUUUUUUUUAGCCGCUGCGUCUUCGCAGAAGACAGCGAACAAGCCAGGAAAAAUGCCCAACUAUCAAUCGUUUUCAAAAACUCAGUGGGGAUCUGGAUGGGUCGGCGACCAGCCAAGAACCGCUUUUGGUAUAUUUGGGAAGAACUCCCUGGAGAUAUUCGUGUUUCAGCAUCUCGCGGUUUCCCUGGUCGUGGACGCGGUGGCAGAGGUCGCGGCGGUUCUUGGCGUCCAAACAAGCCUCCAAACAGCAAGGACGAUCUUCCCGUUAGUUCAGUAUCUUUUGAAAAAAGUUUCUUUUUUUUUUCAGUUUGUUGCGUUGCCUGACGAUGUUCCUUCCAUCGCUAUAAACGUUGGACCCGACAACUUCAUCGCUUUUCACGGCUUCGACAGCGUGUUCACUACUCAGCAUAACGUUUUUUUUUUCCUUUGUGUGAUAGUUGGACCUAAGGCCAUGGACAAUCCUGGGUAAUGAAUGCUGUAAACGGUUUUUUAGUUUGAGAAAUAUUUUCAUUUUUAAAAAGUUAUUCUAAGAUUUCAAAGUCACGGAUUACAACUUUCAUGCGCAGAUACACGCCAAGAAACUCCGUUCAUUAUCUUUAGUUCCCUAUCCUGGUGGAUGAUAAGAUUUACGAAAGCUGCGACCAUUUUUAUCAAAUCCGCAAAGUUGUCGAUCUGUGUGGCGAGGAGGCUCUCAACAAUGAUUUGUCUGGAAGUGGUUAGUGAGCGCAAUUUCUAUGUCAGAAAAUCUUUAUACAUCCCAGUUCGAAACUCGAAAGGCCAGCGCAUCGAUGGGAAAAAUUUGCCCCGUUCUCAUGACUCCAAGUCGUUCAGUGUUACGGCUCGCGCCAUUUUGAAAGAGAAAAAGGUUAAUUUUCCCUUCUAAGUAUGUUUAGAAUUGGGACGAAUACUCUUUUUUUUCAAUCAAAAUACUAUUUUUAAGAUUGCUAAAGAGAAAGUUGAUGAAUGGCGUCUCACUAAUGGACUUCAAGCCAUUCAGGUAAAACAAAAUCAUUUUUAUCAAAGUCUUAUUUUGACUCGAAUUUUUUGUUUCCAUCAUUCUUUAGACGUCAAUGAAGGCGAAAGUUUCGCAAUCGGCUCACCUUCGCGAAGCUUUGAAGGAAAGCGGCCAGGCGAUGUUGGUGCACGCCUACGCCGGAGACAGCAUCUACGGCACUGGGUUUGUUUGUAAUUCUCGCUUUGUUUCGUUUAAUGUUUCUGUUUAGUUGUACUGUUCUGAAAGUGAAAAAAUGGCUCGAAGAUUUGCACAAGUCGGGAGCCAAGACUAUAAAGGUGGAAUUUUCAUCACUCUAUUUUUUUUCUUCUUAGAGCAUUGUAUCUUUAAAUUUUUUUAAAUACCUGCGAACCCUUGAAAGAGUUGAAACUGAUCCAACUUCCAGAUCCCAGCCGAAUUUCCAAUGAAUAGCGAAACUGUCAAAACUUGCCCUACAUUCGCUCAAGGCCGUAACAUUUUGGGCGUUAUUCUGAUGCAGCUGAGGUUCCGGAAAUUCCAACAUCGAAAACAAAUUCAGUUUCCAGAGAGAUGCUCAUUAACAACCGCAUCGUGGUCAUCGACAUGAGCGACGUUUUCAGCGCCCUUCGUAGCAGUGAAAUGGACAUCGAUAAUGUCCGUGUUUUCAUUUGUAUUUUAAUAAAGAAAGUGUCUUUAGAAGGACGAUGGCUUCCAGAUAGGCGGUGGUACGGUUCAGAGCAAGAUCGGUACGACACUGUUCUGA